CCGAGCAGCUGACAGCAACAUGGCGGCGGCGGCCGGGCGGCGUGGCGGGGGCUUGGGGCGGCCCCCCGCGCCCGUGAGGGACGUGCCGCCCGCCGGGGAGCUGGUGCGGCCCUCGGUGACAGAGCUGUCCCAAGUGCGGACCAACAUCCUGUGCACCGUGCCCGGCUGCGGGAAGGUGCUGCCCAACAGCCCGGCCCUCAACAUGCACCUCAGCAAGGCGCACCCGCUCCAGGAUGGAAAACUUAAUGCACCAAUAAGGAAGGGUUUGAAAACUUCACAGAAAUUCUACUGCUGUCCUAUUGAAGGCUGCCCUAGAGGACCAAACAGACCAUUUUCCCAAUUUUCUCUUGUAAAACAGCACUUUAUGAAAAUGCAUGCUGAAAAGAAGCACAAAUGUGAUAAAUGUAGUAACUCCUAUGGCACAGAAUGGUAUUUGAAACGGCAUAUAGAGGUCUGUGGCAAGACUUUCCAGUGUACUUGUGGGUGCCCUUAUGCCAGCAGAACAGCAUUGCUGUCUCACAUUUACAGAACUGGCCAUGAAAUUCCUGCAGAACACAGGGAUCCUCCUAGUAAGAAAAGGAAAAUGGAGUCCUCCGUUCAUAAUCAGCAGUUGGCAGAGAAAGCAAACGAAGCAUUCAGCAAUACACACAGUACUGCUCCUGGCACUCAGGAACUGGAGUCCUCUGAAGUGAAAGUAGCAGCCUCUCUUGAAGGCUCCUGCAGUUCUAACUUCACGAACCAAAUGCAGCCAAAAUGUGCACCAAAGAUGCUUUUACCCAAGCCCAAGGUGGCUUUGGUUAAACUUCCAGUGAUGCAGGUUGCUCACUUGCCUGUGUAUGUAUCUGCAACAGACUCUUCUGUCAAACCUGCUGUAGUGGCUGUUGAUAAUCGAGGUUCAGUUGUAAGUACUGUUCAUUUAUUGCCUCAGUCUAUAGGAAUCCUGAUUCCAGCCCUGGAGGCAGAAACACUUGUAUUUAAAGACAGUAUGCCUGUUUCAAAAGUGACAACUUCUGGUGGUCGCGAGCCAGUAAGUACUGGUGUACAAGUUGAUUUGGACAAGGUUACAUCAAAUAACCCAGGGCAAGAGCUGGGGAAUGUUUGUCACAAGAACAAAAUUUCUUCAAUAAAUAUACAGACUGACUUAUCUUAUAUCUCACAGAGCUUUGUACCAGCUGCAGCCUGGACUCCCAAUUCUUCUGUGUCCUCUUGUUCUCAGACAGAUCUGUCAUUCAGUUCCCAGGUUUCAUUGCCCAUCAGUGUACAGACACAGACACUGCUGCCUGCUUCCAAGCUGACUUCAUCCAUAGCUGCUCAGACUGAUGCUUUCAGUCAGGGCUGUUUUCCAACGUGUGGCAUUUCCAGAGAGACUCAAACCAGCAGGACACAGGACUGUAUUGAUGGAAGAGUACAGAUGGACCAGGCUGUAAUGUGCAGUGACAUUUUUGACAAUGUUCCUUCAUCAUAUAAUGUUUCUACUCACAUUGAACUUCCAGAAAACAAUUUAAUGCCUGCAAACAUAGAUCAGACCUUGCUGCAAAGAAGUAGUUGCAAGAGCCUGAAUCAGGAUACGGUUAAGUCUGAAUCCCUUAUCAGCUUCAAUACGCAGACUAAUAUACUUCCACCUCAAAACACAACAGAUAAUCAAACCCAGACAAUGGACCUGCUAAGUGAUCUGGAAAACAUUUUUUCAGGAAACAUGUCUGGCCAGACACUGGAUAAUCGUGGCCUUUUGUCUGAGACAAGUUCUAAUGCUGACACACAUCUUCCUUCUGCUCCAUCACAGAGCACAGGGAUAGACUUCGACAUUGAAGAGUUCUUUUCAGCAUCCAACAUCCAAACUCAGACUGAAGAAAGUGAGCUUGGUACCCUGAACUCUGAGCCAGUUUUGGAGUCACUGGACAUUGAAACUCAGACUGAUUUCUUAUUUUCAGAUAGUGCCACUCAAUCAUAUAACUGCCGAGGCAGUUCUAACUUCUUAGGUUUGGAGAUGUUUGAUACACAGACACAGACAGACUUGAAUUUCUUUUUGGACAGUACUACCCAUCUGCCUUUAGGAAGUAUUCUGAAACAGUCCAGUUUCUCAAUGAGCACUGACUCAUCUGAUACAGAAACCCAGACAGAAGUGUAUAUGGCUACUAAAAAUACACCUGCUCAGAAUAUUGAAAGCAAAGUCCAGCUCAGUAGUGCUGAGACCCAGACUAUGGAUAGCUGCUUUGAGAAUCUGGGGAGUUUAUUCCUUACCAGCAACGAAACACAGACAGCAAUGGAUGACUUCCUUCUGGCUGACUUAGCCUGGAAUACAAUGGAGUCCCAGUUCAGUUCAGUAGAAACACAGACCUGUGAAGAGCUGUGCUCCUUGUUCCAGAGCUCUGACAAGCCCAGCCACUGAGUGCUAAUAUAACUGUUUCUUGUGGUUUGAAUUUAAUUUAUUGGGGUGGGAGAGAUGGCUUUACCAAUUGAUCCACUUUGCAUUAUUGAAUGUACUUGUCACAAGCAGUUGACCUAAGAGACUUUUCAUGCUGAAGGUACUCUAUUGAAUAUGUAACUUUACAUAAACUAUGUGUGUAUAAAUAGAGGGGAAAGGGGGGGCUGUAACAUGUUAAUGUACAUUUUGAACCUUAAAAAAUUAUGUGGUGCCUAUGUUUUUUCCUCAGACUUCUUUAUGAAGCUGUUACUGCUUUCAUCUAAGUGGAAGAACUUAUAAAGUUGUUCUCUGUAUCUCUCUCUCUAUUCCUGGCUUACAUGCAGGGUUCCAAUGUGCUGGACCAAAACCCUGACCUGUUCAGUUGAGAUGCUUCCCUGAACUUACGGGGGAGGAUUCUAUUAGUGUAAGCUACUUCUGUUUACUUUUUUUAGUAGCUUGUAUUUUAAAUCCAGCAUGAACAUAAUCAGCCGUAUCGUCUUCUUUUACUUUAUGCCUUCACAGCUCUUUCUCCUGCAUAAGCUGACAUUUUCCAAAUACCUGUCCAACACACUAGACACCUAGAGAUUCAUGAAUUGUUGAAAAUAUUUAUUAUUUUAAAAGUGUGUAGAAAGCAGUAUUUUUUUUCCCUGAGUGGCACUGAUGCUCUUUGAAGGGUAGGAAAAGAACAUGGAAUUCAUAAUUGUAGGGAAAAUUAGUAUGUUGUCCUUUUAGCUAGCAUAAUAAAUGGGACUAACAUUUUUAGAGUUUUCAGAAGGGAUUUGCUUAAAUUAUUUCUGUCUUGAAGAUGCAAAUGUUACAAUGUGUGUGCCUCAGAGACUGGAAUCAUUUGGUUUUGCUGAAAUUCUCCUAGCUUUAUUGAGAUACGAGUUGAGAAAUGUUACAGUGGUUUACUACCUUAAGAGAAAUCUUUAAAAAUGGACAAUUAAAUUCCUUAAAACACUCACCUUGACUUCUGGUUUUGGACUUCCUGCUUCCAAAAACAGUUGGAAUCCAUACAGCAGAACUGGGAGAUGAGCUCACAGAAGCCCUUCCAGAACAGCUCUAUCUUGCUUUUGCACUUUGAUCUUCAGCCCUCAGUUCCUGCAGCUUUCACAGUUUCCCUGAGUAUAGUCAAACUCACACAAACUGAUUUUUCAGAGAAAAAGCAUAUGACCUGUUGGCACCUUUUUUUUAAUGUUUAGGUUGCCCCUCAUGCCACUGUUUGCAGUAUUUUUCAUUUACAUUAAGCCAGUUGUGAAUGUAUGUUGGAAUUUGGCCUUAAGUAAUUUUUAUCUCUUGCUAUAAUAUCUGUGAAAUGUAGGCCUCUGGUUUUGUACUGGACAGGUUUUAGUUUCUGUAACCUUAAAGGAAAACUCUGUGUGUCAAAUUCCUGGGUCUGUAACAGACUUUACUCCUCCGUUGUUAGAGGAGGGGUAUUGGCUGCAUAUUUACUGUGCAGCCCAGCAGCAAAUGUAUGUCCAAGCCUUAGGUUUUGAGGACUCCCUAUGCUUUGUGCUGCAUAUUCUCAGUUCAAGGAUGUGGGAGUUAAGUUACUCAUUCAUUGCAGCCAGCUUGUUUUUGUUGCAGAUGAGCAAUACCUUUCUUUUAUCCUUUUUUUUUUCUUUUGUCUUUUCCUAAUAUUUAUAUUGCUGUGGUGAGUGUCUUUACUGAAAUAAUCUCUUCAGAUUAAUCCUGAAACUCACAUUUUCCUCCUGAGACCCCAUCUAUGUUGCCUGUUUGAUUUUUCAACAUUUCUAGGUAUGAUUUCAGACACUUCCAGUCUGGCUGAAGAAACUGCAGAAUGGAAUUUUGCAGUUCCUCAGGAGAAAGUCACUCUGCUGUGGGGAAUGUCCCCAGGUUUCACAAUGUCUGUUGAGUUCUCAUCUGAAGGGUGGGAUAUAUUUAAAAAAGGAAGGCCUCCCUUGUAAUUUUGUUUCUUGUGAAGAUGACUGACUCAUAUUUACUUGCCUACUUUGAAAUUGAGAGAUAAGAUAAAGAACGAAGUUGGGUUAAUUUAUUCUAUUGCAAUAUCUUUCUAGUAAUGUUGCAACUUCACAUUUUAAAGUGUUUUUCUUCCUCUGGCUGGAAUACCAGAGAAUGCUUCUUCAUACACUGAUUUCUGUGUUUCCCAUGUGCAAGUUGUCUGCACUGACGUGAAAGAGAGACAGUCACUGUAAACCUGGUUUGGGAAAAGGGUAUUUUCCACAGCUGUAGAAGAUGUUUGUUACCUCUGAAUUUAGAAAGUCAGCCUUUACUCUGCAAGAGAAGCAAUCUUGGGUGUUGAGGAGCAGAAUUACUGAAGGGUUUGAAUUGUAGCCAUCUGAGAGACCAACAAGGUUUAAAGUACUUUGAAACUGAUUUAGAAAUUAGAGUGAUAAUUGCCAUGUUAUUGUGUAAGCCAAAGCUCUUAGCAUCAGGGACUGUCAGGAAAAGACCCAAAAGUUGUAUGGAUGAAAUCUUAUAAUGUAAUCAUUACCCAGUUAUUGUACUUUUUAAUUAAAAGUCUUUCUGAGCUUUGUGUAUUUUAUUAGAACAUGCAAAUCACAAUCCUUUCACUCAUUCUAUUUAAAACAGUUUGGACUUUAAUUAGGUGAACACGGUACUACAACAUGAAGUCAUUUAUUGAAAGUGCAGUAUUAAGAAAUUAUUAAAUGUCUGCACUGUCUUAGGAAAGACGAAAUUCUGACCAAAAUUAACUUUUUUCUUCACUAUAUUGGUUCUCUAUAAAUUAUUCAUUUAAAAAACAGGUUUGGAUCAUGCAUGUCUGGCAUAUGUCACUCAGUUUGGAUUUAUGAAGUACUUUUGUGACAAUGUGAAGACUGCAGCCAGACUUCAUAGUUUGGUGAAUCCCACAGAAAACUUCAUGAAACCUGAUUUGAAACACUAUUGCUGAACAUUAUGAAUUCUUCACAUUUAAACAAAAAGGCUCUCUUGAAAAGAGAGCCUCUUGCAAAAGGCUGAUUUUCUAUUUUUACCUUUGUUAUAAAAUAAACUUCAGGCACAACCAUUUCUGGGUGGAACUAAAAUGAUACUUAUCUCCCUUUUUCUGCAGUUUGUCUCUGAUUUGAUUUUCAAGGCACUGUAUUGUAAGUAUUGGUCAGCAGUGACUUACUAUCUCACUCUUUUUUGUAUCCUCUAUUGCCAUUAGAGCUGCUAUACAGAAAGUAACAUCAGAGUCUCUGUAGCCUCUUAGCAGAAUCUUUUAUCUGGAAGUGAUACUAAUGUUAUGUGUACUUACCCUUUGUGUUUCCUGCUUAAUUCUGUUAAGCUGUGAUUGCUGGAUCUUGAUCCUGACGCCUGUGUAACACUAUUAUAAAAUUGAAUUAGUACUUUUGUAGUUUAAUUUGUGCUUUUCUUUAAUGUAUAGAGUCAAACAAAGAAAACAGCAGAUUUGAGACUUGCAUUCUGUGAGAACAUAAGCAUAAACAAGCUGAAAAAUGAAAGGUCUGUCUUGUUACCUUCCAUAUUUGUUUGUCAGAAUGCUGAAAGUUUGUUUGGCUGUAGAUGUUUCCUCUUCUUACAGCUUUAUUUGUGUCUAUUUCUGCUAAUACACCUGUAAAUACUUUUUGCUAUGGAUAGGGAGGGAGUCCUCCCCAAAACUUUGUGUUUGCCUAGAAAAACUGGUAGUUUUAAGUCAGAGUUUGCUAAUGCUACAUAUUCUUAGUUAUGUGAAGCUGCUUGAGUUUAGAAAAUUCUCAGUUCCAAAGGAUAUGAAAGCAUUAAAAGAUGUAUAUAUACUUGCAGCUGUAAAUUAAACAGCUGCAAAAGAAACCUUGUGAAACCUCGUUAAGUUUUGAACAACUUGUUCGAUGUCUGUAACUUAAUGUAUGUAACCAACUCCUUAGAGAUUUUUAUUUCAAGGCACAAUACACAGUUGGGUUUUUUUCUGUUAGAAACAAGAGGCUGAAUUUCCUUGUUAGUCAUAUGGACCCCAUUUGUGUAGGGGCAAGAGAACAAAGAACGAUGUCUGCCUUCCACUGUUCUGAGUCCUUAUGCUGCUAAGAUGUGAAUUGAUUUUUUUUUUUGUGAGGCUGGGUAGAAAUGUAAGAGUUGGCAGGACUGGGGGCUUAGGGGGCUAGAGGGGGUUUAAUAGCCUUUUAAAUGUAAGGAAAUUUAAUAGAACUGAUACUGAAUCAUCAUAGGGUGCUCAACUUGCAAAAGAACAUGUUCCUGAAAUGGCAACUCGGAGGUGAACUAAAUGUGCUUGCCUUCAUCAUUAAGGUUGUACAGCUUCCUUUGCUUUAAUAUAUUUCUGACGUGUGCUGAUUUUUUAAACAUGAUCUUAAUGUACCAUUUGCUGUUCCAAAUACAUUCACACCAAACUGUUGAUACCAUUCUGAGCCUUGCAAGCUUUUUCAUUCCUGUUUGGUUUAAAGUGCUGCUAUGCUUGUGUCCUGGUAGGAUGGGCCUCCAGUAACCAGGCUGCCAUUGACAACAGGAGCACUGUGAGGAUACGGCUGUUUAAUGGUAGCAAACAAGUGUGUGGUGCAAUCGUGCAUCUUCUGUUUCUUUUGUUGUUGUUUUUAUAAGAGUUGAUGUGAAUUUAAAUAUGUGCAAGAAGGACUUGCUGCUUAGAACAGGACUGAAUUCUCUUGUUUCAAGUGCCAUUGCUGUGCAAUGAACAGAACUCCGCGUUCAGCCCCGUGGUCAGGGUGAGGGAAUGUUUGUGUUUGUGUGUCUGACUCUUCACUGAAAACGUAACCAGACAGCCUGAAAUGGUGGAAACGCCUCAAGGACCUGCUGAGUUAAAUAACAGAAGUCUCUUUACUUGUGACCGUUUUUCAUAUGCUGGCUUUACAGUACCUGCAACAGCUAUAGAAUAUAGCUAUGGGAUAUAACAGAUGACUUGGGGUGGUGCCAGCUCUACAUUUCACAACAUCCAGUGCUUUACAUGCUUCAAGCACCUGCAUGCAGAGCUAGAUUGACAGUACCUCUAUCUACAGACAUUGCAAGUGCAUCUGUGAUAAAGCUAGGUAUGAAAUAUGGCCAUAUCUUUACAGCUUAAAGACUUCAACACCUGAUUACAAUCUCAUUUAAGUUUGUAAUUAUCAGAAAUGAAUGAGUAAUAGAUCUUAUGGGUGAGUCUUUCCCAAAGCGUGUGUGAGUUAAUCUCAGCAAGGCUGAGAAAUGUCCUUAAAAUAUUUUUCUUUUCAUUACUGGUUGUUUUGGGUUUUUUUUAUUUAGUGGACAAAUCUAUUUUUCAAAGUAUGUUCAUGUUUGGUUCUUGCUGUUUAAGCCAGUAAACUUGCAGUGACCAGAUAAAAUCAAGCAUUCAUUUCUUAAACCUAUUUACAAGUGACAAGCCCAAAGAAGGAAUGUUGUCCUAGUAACUGUGAAACUUGUAAUUACAUUAUUGCAUGCAGAGAAAACCUUGUGCCAAAAUACUGUUUCAUAUUUCCCUCUGUUGGAACUGAAGUGUUACACAAAGCUACUACUACUAAGUUAUUCACAAGUAUUGAAAUGUUUUGUUCACAAAUGAAGCACUUAUUGGGUCCUGUAAAUUAUACAUAUUUUGGAAUAAAGUUAACUUCAAUCA